UGCACCUACGGGUUUAAGAAUAUUUUCUAUUUAUCUAUUCAAAAUGUUAAGCUAAAUAUGUUGUUUACAAAUGACUGCGAUAUAGUGGUCAGCGGAAAUCCUAUUUAGUGCUUGUAUUUUAAAAUGUUGGACAAGGCUGAAUAUUUCCUGUUCUAAAAAAUCUCUCUUUUUAUCCCUGAAAAUGCGUUCAACGUGAUUGUAAUAUUUAAUUAUUACCGAUGGCAUCAAAGUAACUAAUGAAAUGGAGAUCACACUGAAAAGCGCGAUCUUUGCGCUGGCUGUGGUCGGCGUGGGGUUGGCUUUCGUCAAUUUCUUCUUGGUUUCAAGUGUUUCGGACAAGAAUCACAGCGUACUUAGUGGAAACGAGUCAAAGGGACUGCCGCUUUUUGCCAACACCAAGAUGUACUUCAGCUAUCUAGAUAUAGACUCGCAUGCCGAGUACAAAAUACAGCCAAACUUUAUCUCAGGGACAGACACAGCAUUCCACCGAGAAGACGAUGUAGUUCUUGUGACUCAUUGCACAGUCAACCAUUUGCACUAUUUGUUGGAUAUUGUAGAACACUGGCAAGGACCAAUUUCUGUUGCUGUUGUGGUACCAGGACUACACAUAGUAUCUGCAUACAAGUCCAUGAUAGGCCUACAUCUGUGCAACAAAGAUGUUCAGCAAAGAGUAACAUUCCAUGUGGUCUACCCCUUGUCCCACCCAGCACUUGAUAACAGACUUAGUAACUAUGUGCGCCUCGCAAGGGCAGAGCUACCUCUGACAUGUGAGGAAUUUAUGGUCACUCUUCAAACCGGCCUGGCAAACAGUGCAAACUAUGGUGGGGAGGUCCCGUACCCCAGUAAUGUUUUACGCAAUGUUGGCAGAGAACACUCCAAAGCAAAAUUUGUUUUUGUGGUGGACAUUGAUAUGAUGUGCAAUGGGAACUUAUACAAGGAUUUUCUCAACUUUUCCAGGGAGAACAAUCUCUUCUCAAUGACAGUGAAGCAAGUGUAUGUUGUCCCUGCAUUUGAAAGCCAAGAAAAUCUGCCUCCUAACACCAACAAGAUGGAAUUGAUAAAAAUGUGGGAGAAUGGCAAAGUUUUACCAUUUUACUACCAGGCCUGCAGGAAAUGUCAAAGUCCUACAAACUAUGACAAAUGGAAAAGAUCAAGAUCUUCUAGUGGCUUACAUGUGUCAUUUACAAGGAGUUGGACUGAUCCUUGGGAGCCAUUCUACAUCUCAUUAAAUAGUGUCCCACUAUACGAUGGACGAUUUAAACAGUAUGGCUUCAACCGUAUCAGUCAAGUGUGUGAGACCCAUGUAGCAGGGUUUAGCUUUGCUGUCUUGGAUAACGCAUUUCUGGUUCAUCAUGGAUUCAAGCAAAGAUUCCAUAAGAAGAAAGAUGCAGAAAACAACAAAAAUAGAGAGCUUUUUAGAAAAUUUAAAAAGGAAUUGAAAUCUAAGUAUCCUGACUCAAAAAACAGUUGUUAAAAGUAAAAGAUUACCCCUUUUUGUGGUACCUCUUGUAUAUUUUUUGUAACUUCAGACAGUAUUUUAUUUUUUCAAGAGAUAUAUUAAAUUUUGGAUUUCAUAUAGUAUUGAGUUAUAUUGUACAUAUAUUACAUUAUAUACAACAUUAAUGUACUUUAGAUAAAGUUACGGACAAGUCUUGAUAACACUUAUAGUAACACGUAUAAUACUGCUGUCACACACGACAGGGAAUUAGUAAAGUUUUCUUCGGUAGAA